AUGUCAAUGAUUGGGGUUUCCUUUCUCAAGACCGACGACGCUAUUGAUUUUAUCCGAGAACUAUAUCCGACUGCGCAAAGAUUUGGUUUCUUCUGUUCAAGUUUUGAUGAUACUUACGACAUGCUGUUUUCAGCGAAUACUGAACAGCAGCGGAAUUCUUCUGAAUGGAUUGCUUGGAGCCGAGCGGAAUCAACGAAAAAGUAUGGUCUUGUGCUCCAUGACUCUUGGCUAUCAGGGCUGUUCUCGAUGAAUCCAAUCAUUUCGACUGAUAACUUAGUUCUUUGCCUACCUAUGGAAGUCAGCCUUUACAAAGCCCCAACGCCAGCCGAGUGGUCUCGAUUGCUCAACGAAACCCCUCAUCCGAACCAAAAGUUCGAAUUAUCAUCACAUACAUUUCACCUACCCGAUCUACAAGGGCCGAUACCUAUACAUUCAAUGUACGGACUAUUGUGCUCCGUUCUCCUCCGUGCGUUUGCAGAUACGCACCGAUUGGUUGUCUGCUCAGACCUGUUACCAGUCGAUCAACACCAACAUAUCCCAUGGAAUAUUUGUCGUCUCGAUAAGCGCGCAAGCAUAAUUGCCCCUCUCCUCAUGCAAUUGAUUCAGUUAUACGAUACAAAUCUCCGUGAAUCCAAUCCAAAUGGCAUCGUCAUAUGGCAUAGUAUUUGGAUGCUGUUAACAAUUGAUAUCAAUGUUCUUUUUCGUGCUGCUGGUCACGACGGUCCGCAACCAAUGUUUGAUGCUAGACAAACCCUCAGCUCCUGGGCAUGCACCCCAGCUGCACGGAGAGCAUGUCUUCAUGCAGUCCAGUCACUCCGCAUUCUAUCGCAUCGAAAACCCGCAGAUGGAACAGCGUUUCAGUCGGUUCGAACUUUGUUCAUAUCUGCCCUCAUCCUUGGCUUUUAUGUCCUAGUCAGUCCAGAUAUGGCUUGUAAGGAGAGCCCCGGUCCUAGAAGUAUUAAUUUCGAUCUGGAUAGCUCAGUUGUCGAUUGGAAGAUAAUCGGGGACGAAGGAAUCUCGAAUCCUGAAUCACCAAGCAUGGUACCCCGUAAUUCCACAAAAUUAGAUGACCCUGCUGUUAGGUUUAUUCGUUUUGGCGGACCAAUUUUGAUUGAUGGCAAGCGAUAUGAUUCUGGUGCUCGUCAUGCACAGCGUAUCUUCUUGGAGUUUGCCAGUCUGUUGGACGAGGUGGGGACUCAUUGGAUGGCAGGGUAUGCUCGGCUUCUGUAUAUGAUCCAUCAUACAUUGGCCACACCAUGA